UUCAAUUCCCAGGAAGUUUCCAGCACAGCAGCCAAAGCCGAAGCUUUCUGACUCCAAAGAAACUCCUCCCCCCGUUUCGCUUUUAAUAUUACGCUCAAUCACCUGCACCAACCAUUCAUACAGGCAAAGGUGUGCUGAGUGUUUCCGCCUCGAGUAACACAGGUGAGCCGCUGUGUCCUGGAGCACCGCUGCCAUGGCCGAGUCUCAGUUGGUAUGCAUGAACGAUGAACACGUUAAUGUGAAGAUACCGGAAUCCAAACCGGAAUUUUAUUACAGCGAGGAGCAGCGGGCCGCGCUCGAGCAGCUCUUGAAGAACGGCGAUGGCGCUUUUAAGAUGCGUCUCAAAGACGAUAACGUUAAGGACUUUCUUUCCGCCAGGGAAAUCAAGUGGAUGCGGGACACCUUCCUGGAAUAUGACAGUGACUCGGACACCUGUUGCUCGAGGUCGCCCCAUGAUACGAGUGAAGACUCGGGUGUUCACUCUACCUACUGGCCGACCAUGUCUGACACGGAGAUCCCUCCGCUGGACAUCGGUUGGCCCACCAACGGUCAUUACAAAGGGGUGACUCGGGUGUCUGUUUACACCCACCCACCCAAAACGAACAGUCCGCAUAUUAAAGAGGUGGUGCGCAGACUCAUCCAAGAAUCUACAAAGUUGAUUGCAGUGGUCAUGGACCUGUUGACAGACCUGUUGAUCCUGCAGGAUCUCUUUGAUGCUGCGAGUAAGAGAGGGGUGGCUGUAUACUUACUGCUGGAGGAGCAUGGCUUGCCACACUUCCUGGACAUGAGCAGCAGACUGCAGAUUUCUGCACAACACCUGAGGAACCUGCGGGUGCGAACUGUGAGAGGCUCUGGGUUGGCUCUGUCUUUUGGUCGUCUUCCAGGAUCGCUGUGCUCAAAGUAUAUGUUGGUAGAUGGAGAGAAAGUGAUGUCUGGAUCAUACAGCUUUACAUGGAGCGCCUCCAGAAUGAACCGUAACACAAUCACUGUAAUGUCAGGACAAGUCGUUGACUUCUUCGACAAUGACUUCAGAGAGCUGUACGCUGUGUCUGAUAAAGUGGAUCUGUACCGUGAGUUUCACAUCACUAAACCAUCCCUGAUAGUUCCUGUGCUGAAAACACCAGUAGAACCCAUUAGACAUGCAGUUCCUGUGUCCACAUCUCGCUUCCAAGUGUCUCUAGAGGGCACCAAACAGACUGACAUAAAGGUGCCUGCACAUAAAUACCACAAUCCUAAGUACUCUUUGGUUGUUGGCAACAGUCUAGGCAUGACUGGUUCUCUGCAGGAUCUUUCGACGCUGAGGGACUGUGUUGACCACGGCACUGUGAAUAACAUGGAAAAAUUAAUCUACACCAAUGGGGACAGUAUACGUCCGCUGUCCCCAGAUGGAACCGAGGACAGUAAAGGUGAUGGGAAGAAGCUUUCACCUUUUGGUUCUAAAAAGCGUACUUCGUUCCGAACUUUCCUAAAAGGCAGGGCAAACAACAAGAGUCCGGACUCGAACACAACCUAUCACAGCCCAGUCUCUAAAACAAAUACUCAAAGCACAGAUCCAGUACAGAUCAAUCAUAAUAAAAACACUAAGGUAACCAAUAAUUCCAUGGAAGCAUCUUGGUUGUCCAGUCAUAUCAGAGAAGAGGAUGCAUCCAAACAUAUUACUCCCACACCCACUCACAAGAUCUCAGAGACUGACAGCACUAGUGAACUCGAGGAUACCUUUGAGAUAAUAGAGAGUCCACCAGUGGUGAAGUUUAAAGGCAAAAAGAGCAAAAUGGGUCAGAAGAGUAUUUCUCUUCAGGCUAUUUCCACAGACGGCGAGGAUGGCCUGAGAGGACGGAGGCGUCACCAAAAGAAGACUUGUAUUCAGUCAUGAGGUAUCAUUAUCAGCGAGAGGAAUCAACAUAAGCAUGUGCUUACAAAUCAGGACAUUAGACACUAGAACAGGUUGAACAGGAAAAUUAAAGGGAUAGUUCACCCCAAAAUAAAAAUUUCUCACACAUGUUGUUCCAAAUCUGUAUGACUUUCUUUCUUACAUGAAAUAGAAAAUGUUAGGCAGAUGUUAGGCAGAACAACCUCAGUCACCUUUUAUUGUCAUGGUGUGUGUGUGUGUGUGUGUGUGUGUGUAUAUAUAUAUAUAUAUAUCUAUCUAUAUAUAUAUAUCUAAUAUAUAUAUAUAUAAACAAAAUAGCUCUUUGGUCGAACUUGAUUCAGUCAUGGACAGUGGUUCCUCGUGUCUGAAAUUAGUUUUCUUAACUUUUUUUAUGUAAUCUCAACACCAACACUUUAUAUAGAUAGAACCUAAUUGAAUUGGGUAAACCCAACACAAUUAGACAUAUCAGUGUAACUCAAAUAAAUCUCUUGUUUGAAGCACUACAGUGUUGUUUAGUAACUAUGCUAUGGUUAGAUUAGAUUAGCCUUUAUUGUCUCGCUUAAUAGAAAUUUGUCUUGGGCAUUCAAGAGAACACAGUCAACACAGCAACACACAUACAAAUAAACUACAAUUAACAUGCAUUUACACAUCAGAUAUUGCACAAAGCCUUAUACCAUACUAUAUACCAUACUAUUGCACAGAUGCCCUACACCUAAAUAUUGCACAAAUGCCCUAUACCUAAGUAUUGUACUUUGGAUGCGUUCCCACUAGGCGGGAUGUAUACAGUGCAAAUGAAAAUAUUCCCAUAGUCUCUGGGUAGGUAAAAAGUUCUUUGACUUAAACAUAUGAGUUCAAGGUCAGGAGUACAAACCGUGUCUUUUAUUGAGUAAUUCCUGCACCAAGAGUCCUUAAUAAAAACACAAAUGCCACCUCCCUUAGUUUUCCCCGAGUUAUUAUUUCUGUCCAUACAAACAUUUGUGAAGUCUUGUACAUGAAUCAAUGAGUCCGGGAAAUCGCCUUGAAGCCAGGUCUCUGUAGAUAAUGAGGCAUGACUCACGGUAUUCAUUGCAGACUCUUGUGUUCAGGUGCAACUCCUCCAUUUUGUUCCCCAGGGAGUGAGCAUUGCUGAAGAGUAGGCUACUGAUGGCAGCGGUGGCUUGUUGCAUUUUCGGUGUUGUUGAAUGCUGCCCCUCCUCCCUCGUUUCCGUGGCCAACUGUCUCCACGGCGUCGCAACAACUCUUCUGGAACGUUGUCUAGCAGGCCCAGUUCUGGUACUGCUCUUUGCCGUAUGGACAACAGCCAUUCUCUGCCACAACCCCUUAGCACCUGGUCGCUUCCCCUGGUAAACACGGUGGCGGAGUCAUAUUGCAUGCAAACACUGGAUGCAAUCAGUGCCAACAACAACAUCACUCCGACAGUCUUCUUCCCAAUCGUGUUAUUUUGUUACUUAUGACUUCAUCACAUUUAACAAACUUAACAUACAGGGAGAUGAGAUGAUGAGACACUUUAUAUACUGCUUAAUAUCUCCUUUUGUCUUCCAUGGAUGAAAGUCAUACAAGUUUGAAACAACAUGACGGUGAGUAAUUAAUCAUUUUUGAGUGAAUUAUCCCUUUAAAAAUAUACUAUACCUAUAAAAGAGGAAAUUUGCCUCAUUAUAUUCACCUCCAGCAAUGUGUAAACAAGAUUGGACAAGAUGGGGAAAGUCAUUAUCCCUAAAAUAAUAUUGACACUGUCAGCUGAAACUCCUAUUGGUGCUGAAUUUUAAGAGGAAUGUGAGGUUGUUACAACAGCCUCCAGAAUGCUGACAUUACAAGAAGCUGGUCUCACAAAAAAAUGACUGAAAUAUAGUGCUCACACAGAGAUCAUGUGACUUCCUGUCAUGAGUUAUAAAGCUAAUUAUUGGACUGCAGAGAGCUCAGUAUGUAAGUGUUUCAAAAUGUGAACAUGUAAGCUUUUCUUCCCCUCUGAAUGUCAGAAAUAUUUCCUGUUCAGUAGAUGCUUGAUCUUUGCUCUACAUAUCCUCCCUGUGUAAACCAGUUCCACUUACGUCUGUGGCACCCACAGAGUGAUAUAGAAAUGAGGGAAAAAGGGUAAAGCUGACAAAAUAGUUACCGUGCAGCUUGUUUGUUCAACAAAUUGAAAGAAUGCAACCCAGCUAUGUAAAACCCAUGCUACUAUAUCUUCAUGGGAUGAUUUUAACAUGUUUAUAUAUAUAUAUAUAUAUACACUACUGGUCAAAAGUUUUGAAACACUUGACUGAAAUGCUUCUCAUGAUCUUAAAAAUCUUUUGAUUUGAUGGCGUAUGCUUAAAUGUUUUAAAUUAAUUUUGUAGACAAAAAUAUAAUUGUGCCACCAUAUUAAUUUAUUUCAUUAUAAAACUAAAAUGUAAUAAAAAAAAUAAAAACAUUUUUUAAAAUUGAUAACUUGGAUGAAAUAAUAAAGAAAAGCAGCCAAUAAAUGCCCAACAUAGAUGGGAACUCCUUCAAUACUGUUUAAAAAGCAUCCCAGUGUGAUACCUCAAGAAGUUGGUUGAGAAAAUGUCAAGAGUACAUGUCUGCAAAUUCUAGGCAAAGGGUGACUACUUUGAAGAUGCUAAAAUAUAACACAGUUUUGAUUUAUUUUGGAUUUUGUUUAGUCACAACAUAAUUCCCAUAGUUUCAUUUAUGUUAUUCCAUAGUUUUGAUGACUUUACUAUUAUUCUAAUAUGUGAUAAAAAAAAUUAUAAUAAAGAAUGAAUAAGUGUUUCAAAACUUUUGACCGGUAGUGUGUGUGUGUGUGUGUAUGUAUAUAUAAAACAUUUUAGUUGUCGGAAAUGGAAACAAAAUCGAGUCACACUUAAAGAUGAUGAAAUUUUUUUAUAUCAAAAUUGUUUAUCAGAGUCUUCAUUAGCUAAUCUAUUUGUAGGAUGAUUUCACCUAAAAGUCCCAAACUGUGGCAGAAACAAAACAUUCCUGUUUGUUUGAGCAGCCACAUUGGUUUGACCAAUGAUGUGAGUUCAGGGUGGGACUGUAUGUUUAAACAACCAAUGGAAAAUAGGGGGAGUUUUCUGGAAUUUGUUUGAAAACUGAUUUUUUUUCAUGACGUUAGUAGUGCUGAAAUUACAUACUUUAUGCCCAAAAACAAUUGAUUUGAGACUUUACUUAAAAUCGUAAACAAAUGACUUGAGACUUAAAGCUAUAGUAUGUCAUUUCUACGCCUCUAGCGCCUAUGAAAGGAAUUAAGAGGAAUCAAUGUUUUCAAAACAGUUUUCUGAAUAUGCACCUUGUCUGCAGUUGUUCCAACAGUCAGAUAGUCCCGCCCCCAACCGUAGGCCAUUGGCUGAGUAAUGUUGUUGGGUGGGGUCUAAGCGGGUCGUCAAAACAAACACAUACAUUUUUAUAGCGCCAUAGAGACACAGUGUUUACAGUUUUCAAGAAAAUUAACCUAUGAAUGUCUUACUAGUAGUCUCUGCAAAUUAAACGGAAGUCUCUUGUGCAAUUUAAUGAGACUGUGCAGUCAUUGCACCUGUUUCCCACAGCAAUGUUUCAGCACGAUGACAACAACUGAUUUACUGUUGUAUGAUUUUAAGACAUGAACAAUCGGACUGCACACAAGCACACUGCCUCUUUUUUAGUCUUGACUUGGACAUGUGACAAAAUACUUUGCGUCUUAAUUUGAUUUGUACAAUUCUGUACUGUUUCUUUAAAGAAUGUAUGACACUGCGAAAUAAUAGAUGUGAACCAAUUGAUUUUUUUUAGAUCAUGACUUCCAAUAAAAAGGGCUAUGGCCUCAA